CUGGAGCUGCUAACACCGGCCGAGCUGGAACUGCUGACACCGGCCGAGCUGGAGCUGCUGGCACUGGACGAUCUGGAGCUGCUGACAACGGCCGAGCUGGAGCUGCUGACACCGGCCGAGCUGGAACUGCUGACACCGGCCGAGCUGGAGCUGCUGGCACUGGACGAUCUGGAGCUGCUGACAACGACCGAGCUUGAGCUGCUGGCACUGGCCGAGCUCGAGACCGAGACGACGGCAGAGCUGGAGCUUGAACCCGUGGAGCUGACAGUAAGCGAGGUCGAGAGACUGACGGGGCGCGAGGAGGAGGAGGAGGACCCAGAGGAGGAGGCAGAAGAGGACGCAGAGGAAGACACCGUCGUUGUGCGAGUGGUGCUCGAGUUUCCCGCGACCUGGGCGUAA